AAACGUUAGUUGAACACAUUUGUUGAUAUAAUCGAAGCGUUACUGAUAACUGACAUAGCUCAUGGCAUGAAAGCAGCCUGGGCUUGUUGUAUUGUCAAGUAUCUAUCACAAAGAGUAUAAAUGAGCCAUUUUGCAAAGUGAAACCAACGUGAUAUAGGACGAGGAUAAACCACUCUCCUCGUUUUCUCCAUUUAUGUCUUGAAUCACUAAGCACUCUCACUUUCUAUAUUUCUCAAUAUCGCUUAUCUCUCUUGAACCUCAUAGUCUGAGAAACAUUGUUGUGAUCAAAAGGAAGGAUGGAAGAAAGGUCUGCAGAUCCGGUGAAGACGACCAGUCAACCGGUCUCGAGAAGGAAAGGAGGCCUGAGGACUAUGCCUUUUGUCAUAGCAAAUGAGGCACUUGAGAAGGUAGCAAGUGUGGGGCUUCAUGCAAAUAUGAUUUUGUACCUGAAAAAUGAGUAUCACUUGUCUAUUGUGACCGGAACUAGCAUUUUGUUCCUGUGGAAUGCAGUAUCAAAUUUCUUGCCUACCUUUGGGGCCUUUCUUUCAGAUUCUUACUUGGGUCGGUUCUGCGUGGUUGGACUCGGAUCAAUUGUUACUCUACUUGGACUAGUUGUGCUGUGGUUCACAGCCAUAUUUAAACAUGCGAGGCCCCCCCAUUGUGACCACCCGAAUACAGAUCAUUGUGCAUCACCAAAGCCGGCUCAACUUGCCCUGCUCUUCUCAUCAUUUGUCCUCAUGGCCAUUGGAGCCGGUGGCAUUAGGCCUUGUUCUUUGGCCUUUGGCGCUGAUCAAUUUAACAAGCCAGACAAUCCCAAAAACACAAGGGUCUUGCAGACCUUCUUCAAUUGGUACUAUGUUUCCUUGGGGAUUUCUAUCAUGAUUUCAGUGACGGUUAUAGUUUAUAUUCAAACUGCGAAAGGUUGGACAGUCGGAUUUGGAGUCCCCGUGGUGCUUAUGUUUUUCUCUACUGUCAUGUUUUUCUUGGGAUCGCCGCUUUUCGUUAAGGUAAAGGCGAACAAGAGCUUGGUCACCGGUUUUGCUCAAGUCAUGGCCGUGUCUUGGAAGAACAAACACCUUGAUUUCCCACCAAAGGAUUCGGAGGGGCAGUAUCAUCACAAGAAGGGCUCAAAGCUUCUUGCACCAGCAGAAAAACUAAGGUUUUUGAAUAAAGCUUGCAUCAUAAAAAACCCAGAGAAAGACUUAAACCCUGAUGGCACAGCCUUAGAUCCAUGGACUCUAUGCACAGUUCAACAAGUGGAAGAGCUAAAAGCACUGAUCAAAGUACUCCCCAUAUGGUCUGCUGGGAUCAUAAUCGCGGUGACAAUCAGCCAACAAGCAUUCCCAGUUCUUCAAGCCUAUACAAUGGACAGACACUUCAACAAAAAUUUCAAAAUGCCACCGGGCUCCUAUGGCGUCUUCUCAAUCCUCACUUUAACCAUUUGGGUAGCAAUCUAUGACCGACUAAUCGUGCCUUGGCUAUCAAAGUACACCAAACGCCCACGCGGGCUUAGCCUAAAACAACGCAUGGGGAUCGGGCUUUUUCUCUCCUGCAUCGCCACUACAGUGGCAGCGCUGAUAGAGAGUACUCGACGUGCCAGAGCAAUCAAUGAAGGGCUGGCAGACCAGCCCGAUGCAGUGGUGAACAUGUCAGCAAUGUGGUUAGUGCCACAACACUGCUUGGUUGGGAUAUCUGAGGCUUUCAAUGCAAUUGGGCAGAUACAGUUUUACUAUUCUCAGUUUCCCAAGAGCAUGUCAAGCAUUGGAAUAGCUCUUUUCACACUUGGAAUGGGGGUUGGGAACUUGUUGGGAAGUCUCAUUGUGAGCAUUUUGGCUCAUGCGACCAAAAGGGGUGGCAAUGUGAGUUGGGUAUCAAAUAACCUCAACAGGGGUCACUAUGACUACUACUAUUGGAUCCUAACUUGUUUGAGUGUGGCUAAUUUCUUCUACUUUCUUCUUUGUGGUUGGGCUUAUGGCUCUGAGGAACAAAAUGUUUGGGAUGAUGAUUGGGAAGACAAGAAAGAUGAAGACAUUGUCAUGUCAAAGGAUUCCCCCAUAGUAUUGUCAGUAUGAUUUAUUGUAUAUGUUACUUGCAGUGGUUAAAAUUCAGCCUAUCAAUCUUGAGAUUUGCGGGUUUGAAUCUGGACGCAACUACUUUAUGCAAAUAAUGCCAAGAGCAUAUGAGAAGUCAGUAAAAUGUUAAAUACUUCUAGCAUUGUUGAUCAUUUGUAUCCAAUCAACCCAUCCAUACCUCAUCCAAUAGGACUAAAUGUAAUUUUUUUGUCAUUGCUUAAGUAGUUUUUUAAAGGAAUAUAAUAUAAGGAAUAAAGAUAUAUCACAUGGGUGUGUUGUUGAAAGGUGAUCUCACCCAACAAGAGGUUUGGGAUGAUGAUGGGGAAGCCAAGAUGAAGAUGUAUAUUUGUGUGUCUAUUAUCAAUUAAAGUGUUCAA